GCGGGCCAGGCUGGGGGGCGCACGGGGAGGCGCAGAGUGCGGCGCAGAGCCAGAGGGCGCGGAGCCCGGGUGCGCUGGGCAUCGCGGCGGCCGGGAGGGUGGCGGGCACCGGUGGCGCACAGUCAGAGAGGAGCAGGCAUCGCUGCUUGGUCUUCACUCCUGGGUUUCACGGGUUGGGCUUGGCAGGGGAGGGCGGAGCCAGGGAACUUUCUCGCCUCUCGCUCCACUUCCCUCCUUCCCUCCGAGCUGGCAGGAAUUUCAUCCAGGAAAGAAAAAAAUCCAGGAAUUUCAUUUCAACCCGGAGAGCGGAGAGCGGGUCCUGCAGGCGUUUGGGCUGCGGGCUCAGGACCCCGUUGCCAGAGCGGACAGCCUCGGGGCCACAGGGGAUCGGAGGAGGGCCCCGGAAGCACCUUGUUUGCUCGAGGUCACCCACUUGGGGGGGGGAGCAGCCCCAGAAGUACAACUCGGGGUCACCCGCCGCAGCCUGGCUCCUGGGGAGGGGAGCGAGGGGUUGUCUCGCCAGGUGGGCCGUGAAGGGCCGGAGCCGCGGGGCGGGUGGAGGUCGGGUGGCUACAGGAGGAGACUUCCAGCCGAGCCCCAGGCCCCCCACUAGAGAAGGUGUGACGUCCACUCACAAAGCGUCUUGCACGCGGCCCCAGUCAGGUGGGAGCCCGGGAGCCCUGGACCCUGCUCCCGGGAUGGAGCCAGGCGCCCGGCUGGGGGACGCGCCCACCUGGCGGUCCGGACCGGCCCGAGUCGGCAGUCUGGCGCCACCUGGAGGCCAGUCCAGCAGCUGCAGCUCCACCAGCCUGAGGCUGGAAGGGCCAGGCGGGAGGCUUGAGGGCGAGAGACGGUGGCUGAUGCUGGGCUCAUCCCGGCGCCGGGCCAAGCCCAGGGUGGAGUGAGAGCCGGCCGCGUCUCCUGACCUUACUCUCCCCACACGGUCCAUCCUGAGUGUACAGCGGCAGCCUGAAAGCCUCAGCGCAGCCAGUGGCCCUUCAUCCAGGACCGUCACCCCCCCAGGGCCACUCAUCACCCCCCUCCCAUUCUCUGCUACUGCUCUCACCUCCCGGGCCCCAGGGGCUGCACGGCUGGGCCAGGAAGGCGGAAACCAAACCAACCGUUGCCCUCUGGGGUGUGGGGCUCGGCCCUGACGUAGAUGAGCCCCCAGGAAGGCCUGGGUGGUCCUUGUGCACGGAGGGCCGGAGAGACCACAGGGGUGCUGCCCACUCGGCUGUGUUCCCGGCCUCACUCCCCACUCGCUGCGGCCCUCCUGCUCCUUUGCAGCUCUGGUGUGGGGGCCCUGCUGCCCCCUCAGCAUGGCGGGGCCUGGGCCCAGUGCGAGGCUCCAGCCCGCCUACUGGAGGGUCGUCAUGGGCCAACCCCGACUCCUGGGAACGAGUGUGCAGAGGGUGUGACCCAGCCCAGGGAGGCCCAGGCUUUCUGUGUCCCCCAGGCCCUCUACCGGGAGCGGCUGGGGCCCCGCCGCUGGCGCCAGCCGUCCAGGGCCUCCUGGUUGAUGAGGGGACAGAUGGGACCUGGUGUGGCCGCGGGUGAUGGUGUCGCCACGCAGGCCCUGGCAUGGAUGGACAGAACGCACUCGGCCUCUGGCUUGACCACAUCCCUUAUUCCCCGACUCGGCGCCUUCACGGCACGGGGCCCAGCGGGCAUCGGGGGACAGACUCCCGAAAGACGAUGUCAGGGCAGAGUGAGGAGGGGGCUGUGUCCGGACCCGCACCCCGAGCCGCGGGGCAGCGGGGUCUCUGCCUGCUCCUCUGGGGCCCCGUCCAGUGGCACCUGCAGUGGCUGAGCGGCGUGCCUAGCUUCUCCACGCACCAGGAGCAGCACGGGCCCGCGGCAGCCAGGAGGGGCAGCAGGGUCAUGGUGGGGAGCUCCUGCCCGGCUCCCCACACGGCAGCUGCAGCCUCUGCACCGGCCCCUCCUUCCUGCUCCCUCUCUGGGCAAAGACGUUGGCACCGGUGCCUGGAGGGGCCGGGACUGCUCCGCGGAGCCCACCCCCAGCCCACGGCCCUAGCUUACGCAUGUGAUGCUGAGGAGGGUGCAGGGCCAGCCUGCAGCGCUGCUCACGGCCACCCAGCGCACGGUCACCGCGCCCGUGGCGAUGGGCUGUGACUCCGUGAGCCAGACUGGGUCAGGGCUGCUCGGCCGGCCAGCCCAUCCCCACCCAAGCCCCGGUCACACCACAGCCCCACCCCAACCCUCAAGCAUCCCACCCUCUGCCCCUGUUCCCUCACCUUCUCCCGGGGGUCUGGCAGGCACAGGGAGACCAGCACGCGAGUGCCGUGCUCCCACACCAGCUCCCAGAGCUCUGCGGGCCCCGGUCAGCAUGACGUGAUCGCGGCCAGAGGGCCCGCCCUGCAGAGCACAGGGUGUCCCCUGCCCAUCUCAGCUCUAGGACCCCCAGCCUCCCAGGCCCAGACCAGGAAGCACCAAUGGCCCAAGGGCAUGGUCCCACGGGGAAGAGCCAGGCUUCGGGCAUCUCUCCAGCAGGGCCGUCCUCUGCCGGAGGGGACCGCCCGUGACAACAGCCGUCUGCGGGACGAGGGUAAGGGUGAGGCUGCCGGAGGCCCCAGCCUGGACGACGCCCGAUGCCCCGUCCACCCGCAAGCCCACUGGCACUCGCGGGAGGCCAUGCCGUCCUGCCCACGGCCAGGAGAGGGCAUCGCAGAGCCGGCCUGGUCCUUGAGGGCCUGGAGCGGAAGCUGGGGAGGGUGAUGGGCAGAGGGGCACCAUGAGACAGGCCGCAGAAGUGGUGGCACGAGGGGACCCCGCGUCGUCGUGCCGCCCGGCCCGCAGCUACCUUGUGCUCCCCCAAGAAGCCAGCGUCGCCAGAUCACGCCUGGGGAGAAAGCUCCGCACGGGGAUGGGCUGCGGCCUGGGCGGGGCGCGGGGUGCGGGCCGCGUCGGGGGUGCCGGAGGCUGCCCAGCUCCCGCUCUUGGUCUCCUCGGCCCUGCGUGGACGGAGCUGGCAGCCUGUUGGUGGGAGGGACGGGGACCCUGCCCCGCACCGGGCCAGGUUCCCGGUGCUGCACGUACUCAGAGGUGCCGGGGGGCCCCUUCCAGGACCCUGCUCAGGAGGCAGCCG